UCACCCAGAGCAGACACCAUGCAUGUCCACUGUCCGUGGCUCCUCCUGAUUCUAGGACACGUGGCUUUGGUUGGCUCAUCACAGAAAUGGACUGUUGAACAUCCCCAAACCCUCUUCGCCUGGGAAGGAGCCUGCGUCUGGAUUCCUUGCAAGUACAAAAUUCCAGCCUGGAAUAGUCAUCUGGACGGGGUCUUGCUGUAUCACAAUUACAACUUUGACAAUCAUACCAAGGAUUUCAAGGGGAAUGUCCUCUAUAAUAACACCAAGAUUGAGUCAUCUCCUUCCGAGCAAGGAAGGGUGACGUUCUGGGGAAACAGAGAAAAUAACUGUUCCCUGGAAAUCCACCAGAUACAGGUCACUGACAAUGGGAAGCUGGGGUUGAGGAUGAUUUCAGGCGGUGACAAGUGGAUGGAGGAACUUCACCUCAAUAUCUCCAAGACACCCUUCCCACCUUACAUCCGGAUGCCACCAGAAAUCCAUGCAUCCCAAAGUGUCACUCUGACCUGUAGACUGAAUUUUGCCUGCUCUCGGUACCACAUUUACUUGAAGUGGUUCCUGGAAGAGCACGAAAUCACCUCCAUCACCUCCAUCACCUCCAUCACCUCUGCCCCCGAUUCUACACAAAAUGUCUACACAGAGAGCGAGCUCACCUUCCAGCCAGAGUGGAAGGACCACGGAAAGACUGUGACGUGCCAAGUCUGGAACUCUACGAAAAUGCUCUCUGAGAGCAGAGUGGUUCUGGAUGUUAAACACAUCCCGAAGCUGAAGAUCAAGGUCACUUCCAAAGAGGUCAUGAAGGGUGGCUCUGUGAACGUGACAUGCCAGGUUAUCAGCAGCAACCCAGACUACAGGACAGUGUCCUGGGUCAAGGAUGGGCAGCCCCUGAAGGGACAGAAUCUCACACUACCUCUGCAAUCAGUGACCAAGGACAUGAGUGGGAAAUACCGUUGCCAGGCUUUAAACGACCUGGGCCUAGGACAAUCGGAAGAAGUGGCCCUUACGGUGUUGUUUGCUCCAGAAUCCUCCAGGGUUCACAUCUACAGUUCUCCGGCUGAAGAAGGGAAGUCAAUAGAGCUGAUUUGUGAGUCACUGGCCAGUCCGAAAGCAACAAACUAUACCUGGUACCACAACGGAAGACCCGUGCUUGGAGAGACACAAGAGAAGCUCCGGAUUCCUAAAGUCUCCCUGAGGCAUGCUGGGAAAUACUCUUGCAAGGCACAGAACCGCCUGGGUCUUGGAAAGAUAAAGGAGGAAACUGAGCUGGAUGUCCAGUAUGCCCCCAAGGAGGUAACCACAGUGAUUCAAAACCCCACACCAAUUCGGGAAGGAGACAGUGUGACCCUGGCCUGUAGCUACAACUCCAGCAAUCCUGCAGUCACCUCCUACCUGUGGAGCCCUCGUUCUGGGGAUGAGACCGCGCGUGGAGUGCUGAGGAUUCAGAAGGUUGCAUGGGACUCCAGCCCUAUCAGCUGCGCUGCCUGUAAUAACCACGGGUGUUCGUGGGGCGCACCCGUCAGCCUGAAUGUCCACUAUGCCCCCAGAGCUGUGACGGUCCUGAAGGUGAGCCCCUCAUCAGAGAUCCAUGCUGGGCAGCAUGUCAUCCUCCAGUGCAGCUUCUCCGGGAGCCACCCCCCAGAGGUCCGCAUCGUGUGGAGGAAGAAUGGGAGUCUUGUGCAGGAAGGGAAAGAGCUGAGCUUCAGCUCCAUCUCCCCAGAAGAUUCUGGAAAGUAUAACUGCAUGGUCAACAACUCCAUUGGAGAGACUCCGUCGAAGGCCUGGGACCUCCAAGUGCUGUAUGCUCCUCGGAGGCUGCGCGUGUCUAUUAGCCCUGGGAACAGCGUAAUGGAAGGGAAGAAGGCCAUCUUGUCCUGUGAGGGUGAUGCCAACCCGCCCGUCUCCCAGUAUGUCUGGUUGGAUUCCAGCGACCGAGACCUCCCCUUCUUCAGCCAGAAGCUGAGCCUGGAGCCCCUGAGGGUCCAACACACUGGCUCUUACCGCUGCCAAGGGAUCAACAAGCUAGGCAUGGGCGAGUCACCGCCCAGCACCCUCACUGUCUACUAUAGCCCAGAGAGCAUCGGCAAGAGGGCUGCCUUGGGACUAGGGUUCUGCCUGGCUGUCUGCAUCCUGGCUAUCUGGGGGAUGAAACUGCAGAAAAAAUGGAAACAGAAUCAGAGCCAGCAGGGGCUCCAGGAAAACUCCAGUGGCCAGAGCUUUUUUGUAAGGAAUAAAAAGACUAGAAGGACCCCUCUCUCCGAAGGCCCCCAGUCCCAGGGCUGCUACAACCCGGCGAUGGAUGACAGUGUUAGUUACGCCAUCUUGCGCUUUCCGGAGACCGACACGCCGAGAGUCGGUGAUGCGGAGACCUCAGGAGCACAGGGUCCUUCUCCAAACAAGGACGACACAGUCACUUACUCGGUGUUACAGAAGCGUCAUGUGAGUGACUAUGAGAAUGUGACACCAAGCCAUCCUGAGGAUGACGGCAUCCACUACUCCGAGCUAGUUCAGUUUGGGGCUGGGAAGCGGCCUCAGGCAAAGGAAGAUGUGGAAUACGUGACCCUCAAGCACUGAGGUUGGAAGUAGCUGCCGUGGAAAGUUCUGGAGCCUAAGGGAGACCUGUAACUUCUAAGGCAACUCCCUGAGCACACACUUGGGUUGCAUGCCCUCACAAUCAUUUAAAAACCCCGAGUCUGGCGAGAACCAGCCAGCCUUCUCUGCACCGGUGAUUGUCACCCCACACUGUACAACGUCCCCUUCUCCAACCCUGGCCAUCUGCCACCACCCACCUCAUCCUGAGCCUCACUUCAGCUCGACGUGUUCCUGCUGUGACCAGCUGGGCUCUCUUCUUCUCUGUCCCCUUGAUGCUCCACCCCCCCUCAUUAAUCUUAUUACCCAAAUUUCUGGUCCUGGAGAAAAAGCCCCAAGAUGGGCAGAAGUGAGGAAGCAAGAGGCACUGUCCUCAGCUGGCUUUUCUCAUGCGAACAUGUCUACCAGUAAGUCAGGCCUUCCGUGGAGAUGGUGCCUUCCCUCAGGGGUCCUGGGCACUGGGCAGGCAGGAUACCAUGGACCUAUGUAUAAUCCAGUAAAUGCUUCAUAAUAAAAAAUAACGCUGUUGUCACAC